AAAACAGCGCCGAUCGCAGUCCGGUAAGCAGAUCAUCCCAGAGUCGGUGGUUGAAGCGUUGUUGCUUUCCUAGUCUUCGUAACUCGUUCGUAUUUUUAGUCCUCGCGGAAGACGAAAUGGCUGAGGGGCAGAAGGGGAAAACGUUCCUGGACAAGUAUCCUGUUUUCUUCAGCAUGUCCAGUCACCAGUUUGCCGAGAUUUGGCAGCAUUUCGACGCCGACGGAAGCGGCCAUAUCGAGGGAAACGAGCUGGACAACCUGUUCAGAGAGCUGUUGCACAAGCUGGGCAGUACCGAUAUAAGCCAAGAGGAGGUCAACUUCACUAGAGAGGCGUUCCUGUCCACCUAUGACUUCACCGGGGAUGGGAAGAUUGACGUGUACGAGCUGGCCACCAUCAUCAUGCCGCCUGACGAGAACUUCCUGUUCGCGUUCCACCGCCGCCACCCGCUGGACUCCAGCGUCGAGUUUAUGCGGCUGUGGCGGAAGUAUGAUGUUGACUGUAGCGGUUACAUCAGCACUGAAGAGCUGAAGAACUUCCUGAAAGAUCUGAUGGAACAAGCACAGAAGCAAGUCACUGCCGAGGAACUGGAAGGGUACACCACGACAAUGCUGGAAUUAUUUGACAAGAACAAGGAUGGAAAUCUGGAGCUACAGGAGAUGGCACGACUGCUUGCACUGAGGGAAAACUUUUUGCUGCAGCUGAAGGACUCGGCAAAGUCCCCAGAAGAGCGGAAAAGUGACUUUGAGAAGGUUUUUGCAUACUACGAUGAGAGCAAAACUGGAUCGCUCGAGGGGGUUGAGGUGGAUGCCUUCGUCAAAGACUUAAUGGAUCUCAUUAAGCCCAACCUGACCAUGCAGCAGAUAGAGGACUACAAGGAGGCCAUACUGAAGCACGUGGACAAGAACAAAGACAACAAGCUCCAGAAGAAAGAGCUGGCCAUGUGCCUUGGUGUCCGACUUUAGAGGGCACAUCUCUAGCGAGCAUGCUGGCUGCAUGCACUUUCCUACAUCUCUUUGUUGUAGCUAUUUUAAAACUUCUGUCCUAAUAUUGGUAGAAAUGAUGUGUUAAGUGUAGUAUUUUGCAUGUGUGUUUAUAAUGAGCAUUUAUACAAGUCAUAUAUGACAUAUAUACAAGUCAUGUGAUAAAAUUUCUCUGUGUUGUUAACCUACAUUUAUGCCAACAUUAACACUUGCAUUUUUGCAGAAAGCUUUGCAUUCAAAGGGGACCGUAACUAAAAUGUGCUGGGUAAAAAAAUCAUUAUUUUGCACAUCCAGGGUAUGUGAACAGUGCAAAAACCAUGAAUAUUGUUAUCCAAUGCUGGGGGGUAGAAUUCAAAGCACAGUGUUAGGAAAUGACAAGAAAUUACUUUUUUUCAUAACAAUCCUACAUGACGCUUUGAGAUGACAUAUUGGGAUAUUGACACCUGUUGCAUUCUAUUCCUUGCACCUUACAUUUUCAGAUGGAAUAAACAUGUCAAUGCAGAUGCUGUGUACGAGAUAAUCAAUGAUAAAACAUUACAAUUAUGUAUUGUGACAAGUGUGGUUACUACAAGAGACCUACUGUGCCUCAGAUAUAACUCAACUGGGCAGUGUCUGUUGUGAUGACUUUGAUUACAUGUGGUACUGUUGAUGGUUCUGUGUUUGUGCUAGGAUUUUUCUAACUCCUCUAAGUGAAGAAAAUAUUAUUUCUCCAUCUCAAGCAGAUGUUUCAGUUACGUGUUUAAGAAUACGCAAUACCAGCUACAGACAUUAUAAUAAAUCUGAGAGGCUUUGUAUUGUUUUGCUUUGUGAAUCGUUGUGUCAUAUAUAUCAUGAUACAAAAUGUAUUAAACUGUUGCUUCCUACAACAUCUUCAAUAAACUUCUUCCUUGUCAUCUUUACACUUUAUAUUUUAAGUAUGAUACAAGAACUUCUAUGUCUUUUUUUACCCUUGGCUCCUAAAGUGCUGCAAUUAAUAUUCUAUGUGUGUAUGUGUAUAUUUACACUUAAACUCAGAGUAAAAGGUUGUGGUUCAUGUACAUUUUUGUAAGGUAUCGGCACCAAUGUCUUUUUAAGUUGACUGGUAGCAAAAAAAAAAAAA